AUGGUUCUUAAUGCAAUGGGAUAUGAUGAGAGUGAUGGGAAAAUUACAUUUGAUAAGGACAAGAAUAGAAUCUGCUUUAGUCCACCUCACGAUCCUUUACUCCCAAGGAAAAUCAAUGCCUUUCAGAAACUCACUAAGAAAUUAGGAGGGAUACUUUUCAUGUCAAGGUACCGAAGCACAUCAGUUCAUCUUUUAGGUGGUUGCAAUGCAUCAUCUGACUUUUCAUGUGGUGUUUGUAACCCAAGUGGUCAGGUUUUUGACCCAGAAGGUCCAGCCACUGUACACGCUGGCCUCUAUGUCUGUGAUGCUUCUUUAAUCCCCUGCUCUGUUGGCAUAAAUCCAUCUCUUACAAUUGCAACUGUGGCUGAGUACGCAAGUAGGCACCUUGUGAGGGAUGUUCUCACGUACAAGAGCAAUGAGGGUAUUGAAAUUCCUGUUAAAGCUGUUGAUCAAAAUCCACAUUCCAUCUCUGAUAAGAAUAUAGAGAGUGAUUGGAGAUCAACGGUCACUUUUAAUGAAACCAUGGAGGGUUAUGUAGGGGGUAUGCCUUGCAAAGCCUAUCUGAAAGUGAAGAUGAACUCUCAAGAUCAGAAGGGGAAAUUGGGUGUCAAAGAAUUUCAUCCUCUUUUAAGAGGGAGAGUUGGUGGAUAUGUGGAAUUUAUAGCCAUUGAGAAGGAUAAAUUACAUAUUAUAGAUGGGGAAAUAAAUUUGUGUAAAGUAGAAUGCAGAACUCCUUACACACAGUAUAUGCAUUAUCAGCUUCUCCUUGCUGCUUCUUCUGGUUCAAGAUAUAUUCUUGAGGGGAGGAAGAUAAUGAAUCCUUAUCUCCUUGGAUUAUAUGCUUGGAGGGAGACAACAACUCUGCAUGUGACAUUUAAAAAAGUUGUUGAGAACAAUUCAAGGGAAGACACUGUGAAUCUAAGAGGCGAGCUCUGUAUCUCCAUGGUACAGCUUUUGAAGAGCAUCUUAAGCCUUGAAGGAAACGAGAGAGGGAGGUUCAUACGUCAUCUAUUGCACACUUUCCUAAGAACCUAUUUUUUACAGAUACCACGAGGGAGUCACAAGGACUUCACCCUAUCAGAUUCAUAUGUUAAACCUUAUCCAAGCAGCACCCUCCAUGAAAUAAAAACAGAAGAUGGAUUUUUUAUCAGUUGCAGGCAAUGGAAAUGCACCCAAAUUCCAUCAAGGCUUGAAGGACCAAAACAACUAAAUCCAGUUCUCCUUCUUAAUGGUCAUUCUGCUGAGAGUUACUGGUUGCCAACAGAACCAAAUGACUUGGUCAGAACUUUACUGGAAGAAGGGCAUGAAACAUGGCUACUGCAACCAAGGUUGCACCCUUUGAAUCCUUCAAAGGACUUCACAAUUGAAGAUAUUGGAAGAUUUGAUGUCCCAGCUGCAAUAAAUAAGAUCCUUGAAUUGCAUGGGCAGCAUACAACAAUACAUGUAGUUGCACAUUGUGUUGGAGGCUUAGCCAUACACAUAGCUCUCAUGGGGGGGCAUGUCUCUGCAACCCAUAUAGCUUCCCUGUCUUGCACCAAUUCUUCGAUGUUCUUCAAGCUUAAUGCUUCAUCAAUGUUCAAAAUGUGGCUUCCUCUGGUCCCGCUUUCCAUGGUUAUCCUAGGCAAGAACAAUAUCCUGCCUCUGUUGGAAACAUCAAAGUGCAGUUUCCGACAUCGUCUCUUGAAAUUUAUUGCCUGUUUGAUACCAAGGUAUGAGAGAUGCACCUGCAAUGAGUGUGAGGUUUUUGCUGGUAUAUUUGGAAGCGCAUUCUGGCAUGGAAAUGUAAGCCCCAGCAUGCACUACUGGUUAAGCAAAGAGAGCACUUUGACAAGGCUUCCCAUGGCAGCAUUUCCGCACAUCAGAAAAAUAUGCAAAGCCGGUUUCAUUGUAGACAGCAAUGGCAACAACAAAUAUUUGAUCCAUCAUGAGAGAAUGGCGCUCCCUACGCUUUAUAUUUCAGGAGGGCGGAGUCUCCUUGUGACUCCAAAGACUUCAUUUCUUGCUAACAAGUAUAUGAAGUUACACCAGCCUGGCUUUAGACAUGAGAGAGUUGUUGUGGAGGGUUUUGGGCAUUCUGACCUUUUGAUUGGAGAAGAGUCAGAUAAGAAGAUCAUGAAGAAACAGGCAGAAUUCAUGGGAAGGGUUGGUGAAGGAGAAGGAGGAGGUUACGAUGCUGUUGUCGUGGGGUCUGGAUAUGGUGGUUCUGUUGCUGCAUGUCGCAUGUCAAUGGCCGGAAUAAAGGUAUGUUUGGUUGAGAAAGGCCGGAGAUGGGAAGCUCAGGAUUUUCCAACUGACACCUUCAAGAUCAUGUCCGCUGUGAGAAUGGAGAAACAGAACUUGGGUGUCGGCUUUGGUCCAAAAGAUGCUUUAUUCCAGGUACACGAACAAAAUGAUUCUCUAGCAGUAGUGGCAUGUGGGCUUGGAGGAGGUUCACUUGUGAAUGCAGGAGUGAUGAUGCCAACCCCAGUUCGAGCCAGAAGGAAUCCCAAGUGGCCAAAGGAAUGGGAAAGGGAUUGGGAAAAUUGUGAAGCUUCUGCUGCAAGCAUGCUGAGAAUACAAAGUGUUCCUGUCAAGUUUCCUGUCACCAAAGUCGUGGGAGAAAUAUUAGGUGAUGGACAGAUUGAAAACAGUUUUGAGACUCCAUUGCAGCUAAGCAUGAAUUUUGGUCUUGAAGAGCCUGCAUCCAACUCAAUGGAGCCUCAAAGAGUUGGUAGCUGCUUAGCCUGUGGAAACUGUCUUGCUGGGUGUCCUUAUAAUGCCAAAAGUUCUACUGACAAAAACUAUAUACAUUCGGCAAUCCAGGCAGGAUGUCAUGUUAAAACAGAGUGUGAGGUUCAGUAUGUGAUUAAAAAUCCAUAUGAAAUUUGCCGAGAAGAAGGCAAAAUUGAGAGAAAGAGAAGAAGAUGGCGUGUUUACUUGAAUGAGAUUGACUGCAUAACUGCUGAUUAUGUAGUCCUCUCAGGUACCUUUUUAUAA